CGCAAUGCAUGCUGGUACCGCGCAACUCGGGAUGCUGGGAUAGCGGAGGACCUCGCGUCUUGCUCUAGGUGUCAUGGCGACCAACAUCGAGCAGAUUUUCCGUGAUUUCGUAAUGAAUAAAAUCAAAGAAAUUCAAGACGAAGAGCAACACACCGGUGUGGAGAGCGAUGCCCAGCCAAAUGGAGGUGUGAUCCCUGAUUUGGAUAAGAAAGAUGCCAGCGAUGAGGCUUCAGGCAUCGAAGGAAACCAGGAAGAGCUGACUCAGACAACAGAGAGCGUUCAAUCUGGAACUGUUGAGGCACAAGAGAGCUCUCAGCCUGAUACAGAAGCCAAUGUGAUUGCAGAGAGCUCGCAGGCUGGAGAAGAGAGUGGCAGCAAAGAAGGGAGCGAGACCCCCAGGAAGAAGAACAAGAAGCACAAGAGACACAAGAGCAAGAAGAAAAAGAAGAAACGGAAGGAGGAGAAGAGGUCCCGCUCCCGGUCGGGUAGCAGCUCGGAGUCUGGAGUGGAGUCUGACUCGGAACUGCGGUCACGCUCCAGUGUGAAGAGUGCAGAGGUGAUUCCUACUGUGAAGGAGUCUGGGGCCAGCGAAGAGGCUCCCAUCGCACACAGGGCACAGAAGGAGGGAGAGAUUGAACAGAAAAUGGAACAGGACUCAUCUGGGACUGUAGAGGAACAAGGGAACACAAAGCCAGCUGGAGAAGAGAGUGGUGGUGAAACACACAGGAGCAAAGCCAAGAAGCAAAAAAAGCAUGCAAACAAGAAAAAGAAAAAGAAGAAAAAAAAGGAGCAGAAAGAAGAGAAGAGAUCACCAUCUCGCUCCAGAUCGGUGAGCACUUCAGGAUCUGGGACAGAUUCUGAAUCUGAAUUAAAAAGGUUUCCGUUGGAUUCUAUGUUAAACUCCACAGACAGCCAGAUGGACAGGCCUGUUGCUGCAGUUGAUAAAGUGGUUGACACUUGUAAGUCGCUGGAGCCAAGGCCUGAGAAGGAUUUAAGUCCUCCAACAGGGGUGCUAUCUGACACUAGUGUCAGUGAAAUGCAACUUCAAGCAGACAUUACAGAAGUUUCCACCUCAAAACAAAAUGGUUGUUCAGCAGGAGAGAUUAUCAUUGCCCCUAUUCAUGCAGAUAUUUUAGACUCUACUAAAGGUAAGGACUCUGAAGAAUUUGUUGUGAAACCUGAGGAAAAGCAAAUUGAACUUGUUAAAGAGACUGAAACAAAGAAAGUUAUGAGUAACCUGUCGGCAAGAGAGAGUCUUUCAAGGUCUCGAUCCCAUUCAAGAUCCAAGAAACGCAGCUCUAGACAGACCCCAUCUAAGAAGAGUCGCAGCCGGUCAAGGAGCCGGCAACGUGCUUUAGGAAAGUUUAGCUCAAGAAGGGGUCGUUCCUCAUCAAGGAGGCGAUCAAGGUCGACUUCCAAAAAGAAGCGAAGUCAUUCUUCACCCAAGUGUAAAAAAAGGCAUUCCAGAUCAAGAUCAGUCAAGCGUAGGUCGAGGUCCCGGUCUCGCCUAAAGUUAAGCCGUAAGUCGAGAUCAGUAUCCCUUAAAAGAUCUAAGCGCUCAAAAUCUAGAUCUCGCACAAGAAACAGAAGGUCUAGAUCUAGAUCAGCCAAGCGUAAGCGUUCAAAAUCUCGAUCCCAAUCACGAAACAAACGCUCACGGUCAAAAUCAAGAAGGUCUAGGUCACCAAGACGAAGAAAGCGAUCACGUUCUAGAUCCCAGCAUAGAACCAGACGGUCAAAAUCUAGAUCCCACUCAAGAACCAGACAGUCUAAAUCUAGGUCCAUCACAAGGAACAGGCAUUCAAGGUCUAGAUCACCCAGGCGAAUCAACCGAUCCCGUUCCAGAUGCAUAGUAAGAAACAGGCGUUUGAAAUCUAGGUCACCCAGGAGAAACAGGCGGUCUAAAUCUAAGUCACCUUGGCGAAGCAGGCGCUCAAAAUCUAGAUCCCUCAAGAGGAGUAAGCGGUCAAAAUCUAGGUCCCCCAGGAGAAACAGGCGGUCAAAAUCUAGGUCCCCCAGGAGAAACAGACGCUCAAAAUCUACAUCCCCCAGGAGAAACAGACGCUCAAAAUCUACAUCCCCCAAGAGAAACAGGCGCGCAAAAUCUAGAUCCCCCAGGAGAAACAGGCGCUCAAAAUCUAGAUCUCCAGCAAGACGCAGGAGGUCUAAAUCUCUUAGGAGGAAUAGAUCUAAAUCUAAAUCACCCAAACAAAAAAGACACUCAAAAUCUAAGUCUCCCAAAAGAAACAAGCAUUCAAAAUCCAAGUCUCCGACAAGAAACAAACUCUCCAAGUCUAGAUCGCCCUCAAAGGACGAGCGGUCCAAGUCUAGAUCGCCUUCAAAGGACGAGCGGUCCAAGUCUAGAUCGCCCUCAAAGGACGAGCGGUCCAAGUCUAGAUCGCCCUCAAAGGACGAGCGGUCCAAGUCUAGAUCGCCCACAAAGGACGAGCGGUCCAAGUCUAGAUCGCCCACAAAGGACGAGCGAUCCAAAUCUAGAUCGCCCUCAAAGGACGAGCGGUCCAAGUCUAGAUCGCCCUCAAAGGACGAGCGGUCCAAGUCUAGAUCGCCCACAAAGGACGAGCGGUCCAAGUCUAGAUCGCCCACAAAGGACGAGCGGUCCAAGUCUAGAUCGCCCACAAAGGACGAGCGAUCCAAAUCUAGAUCGCCCUCAAAGGACGAGCGGUCCAAGUCUAGAUCGCCCUCAAAGGACGAGCGGUCCAAGUCUAGAUCGCCCUCAAAGGACGAGCGGUCCAAGUCUAGAUCGCCCUCAAAGGACGAGCGGUCCAAAUCUAGAUCGCCCUCAAAGGACGAGCGGUCCAAGUCUAGAUCGCCCUCAAAGGACGAGCGGUCCAAGUCUAGAUCGCCCUCAAAGGACGAGCGGUCCAAGUCUAGAUCGCCCUCAAAGGACGAGCGGUCCAAGUCUAGAUCGCCAGCAAGAAGCAGGCUCUCAGGAAGUAAAUCACCAACCAAAGAGUUCACAAAGUCUAAAUCUGGAUCCCCUGCCAAAGACCAGUGCUCCAAAUCUAUAACCCCAUUAAAAGCGGGAACAUCUACUUCCCCCAAACCAGAAAGGACAUUAGGAUCAGUGUCUCCAACAACAGAUAUAUCUACAGGACCUCUCUGUGUAAUGAUGGAAGAAGAUUCAAUGCCACAAUCUUUUGUGGCAGACAGACUUUCAAAGUCUGGAUCUCCCAUUAAAGUUGAUUGCUCAGAAUUAGAAUUGCCAGUGACCAAUUCACUGUCUCUUGUGAACAGAAAAUGCAUAGAAGAUUCUUCACCGAUUAAAGACACAAAGUCUAAUAUUAUGACAGGCCCUACUUGGGCAGCAUCAUCCCAUAUGACAGCAAACUGUUUAACAACUGAAAGCACUACAGUAGAUGAGCAUCCAGUAAGAUCGGCAUCUCCCUCAGUAGAUAGUAGUUACAAAACCAAUUCUUUGUUGAGAGAAAAGUCCCCACCAUCUGUGUCCUCAGAGAUUUCUGAAAGUGGGUCUCCAAAACCACAGCAGCGCUCAAGAUCACAAUCCCCAAUGACAGAAAAGGACUUAACUCCUAAAUCGCCUCCAUCUAUAGACAGACCUUUAACAUCCCAGUUGACUCUCACUUUUGACCUGAAACCUGAAUUUCCCAUGUCAGACAAGUGCUUUAAAUUUGAAUCUUCCCAGUCAGACAGUAACUCACAAUCCAAAUCUCCUGCAACACAGAGUCAUUCAGUAAAUGUUGAGUCCUCUAAAUCUAGGUCCCCUGCAUCAGAUCGGUGUUCAAAAUCUGAAUCCCCUACAAGGGAAGAUACUUCAGUAUCAACUCCUGCUGACAGACAAUCUGAGUCUAAACCUCCAGUGGCGGAUGUUUUUACAGGGUCUAGCACUCCCUGUAUAGAUCAACCUCAAAAUGCUUGCCCCCCUGCAGCAGAGAUGCCUUCAGAAUCUUUAUCCCCAACUCGAGACACUUGUUCACAAUCUCUAUCUCCGGCAGUGGAGGAUUGUCCGACAUCUGUGCCCGAGACAGACGGAUGUCCAAAAUCUCCCAUUACAGAAAAGCAUUCAAAAUCCCCAGGGCUAGAACAGAGCUCAAAAUGUAAAUCUCCUGCAGAAUGUGCAUGUACUAAACCUGAAGUACCUACAAAAAUGAAUCGUUCAAAAUCUCGGUCUCCUUUGACGAACACUAAAUCCUCCACUAGAAACAAGAGUUCAAAAUCUAGAUCCCCCUCAGUAAAGAAACACUCAGAACCCUCCAAGCAGAAGAAGCGUUCCAAGUCUGGAUCUCCUACUAAAAAGUCAAAAUCUCUGUCAAGGAGGAAGAGAUCUAGAUCCCCGGUGAGAAAGAAGCGUUCCAAAUCUAGAUCUUCCAGUCAGAAGAAGAGGUCUAAAUCGAGGUCUCCUAUAAAACAAAAGCGAUCCAAAUCUAGAUCGCCUGCAAGAAAGAAGAGAUCAAAGUCUAGAUCCCCUACAAGGAGACGAUCAAAAUCUAGAUCCCCCACAAGAAGAAAGCGGUCUAGGUCCGCUACAAGAAAGAAGCGAUCAAAAUCUAGAUCCCCUAAAAGGAAGCGAUCAAAAUCGAGAUCGCCUGUUAGAAAGAAGCGGUCAAAAUCCAGGUCCCGUGGAAGAAACAGACGUUCAAAAUCGAGAUCACCUGCAAGAAGAAAACGGUCAAGAUCUAAAUCCCCUGCAAAGAAGCGCUCAAGAUCAAGAUCAGCCACUCGAGCGAGGCGCUCAAGGUCCAAGCACAGAUCAAGGACUCGCUCCGUCUCAAGACCCCGAAGGAAGUCGCGAUCAGUGUCUCGAGGCAGGAGGUCUCGCUCUGCAGAAAGGAGGAGGAGAGCCAGGUACCGGAGUAGGUCCAUUGAGCGCUGGAGGAGGUCCAGGUCCUUCAACAGGAGGAGGGUCUCCAGGUCUCCGGUGCUGCUGCUGAGGAGGAGAAGAUCAAUAUCCAGGACCCGGAGGAGCCCCAGCAAGACCCCUCCACGCCUCACAGAGCUGGAUAAGGCCCAGCUGCUAGAGAUAGCGAAAGCUAACGCUGCUGCCAUGUGUGCCAAGGCUGGUGUGCCCAUACCCCAGAGCCUGAAACCUACUGUCAUACUGCAGCUGCCGCUACCACUGCCAAUCCCCCCGCCUGUUGAGGAGAAGAAGAAGAUGGUCCAGAAAGUGACCAACAGCACCAUUCUGGAGCUCACAGAGAAGUGCAAGCAGAUCGCAGAGAGCAAGGAGGAUGAGAAUGAGGUGUUGAACAAGCCGCACGUGUCUGAUGAUGAAGAGGAGGAUCAGCCCUUCGGAGGCCAGGGUGCCAGGCUGGGAGAGCUUAAGGGCAUUUCCUUCAGUCUCAGUAACCCCUCAGUGAAGCCGGCUGCCAGGACGGAGGUGGCACUGACCAAGGAUUUCCCAGUGUCUUCGGGCUCGCAGCACAGGAAGAAGGAGGGAGAUGGUGCCUAUGGGGAGUGGGUUCUUGUCGACAAGGGGGCCGAGAAGGAAAGCAAGGACGACGUCUUCACAGACACACCUGUGCAGCCUGUGGACAUCACGCUGGCAAUGAACGAGAGAGCCGUGGCACAGAAGAAGCUGGCAGAAAACCCCUUCGAUGUCAACGCCAUUUGUAUGCUGAGUCGAGCACAGGAGCAGGUGGACGCGUGGGCCCAGUCCAGCAACCUGCCGGGCCGCUUCACAGGUAGCACCGGCGCCCAGGUCCUGUCUGCAGAAGAGCUCUCCUCCAGCGGACCCCAGGCCUGGAUACGAAAGGACCAGUUCCUGCGGGCGGCCCCAGUGGCUGGAGGGGUGGGCGAGUUCCUCAUGAGGAAGAUGGGCUGGCGAGAGGGGGAAGGUCUCGGCAAGUACAGGGAGGGGAACACAGAGCCCAUCCUGAUAGACUUCAAAACCGACCGCAAAGGUUUGGUUGCUGAGGGGGAGAAGACUCAAAAGUCUGGUAACUUAACCGUCAUGCAGGAUCUCUUAGGGAAGCACCCGAUCUCUGCACUGAUGGAGAUCUGCAACAAGAGGAAGUGGUCACCCCCCGAGUUCGUUCUGGUUCAUGACAACGGCCCUGACCAUCGCAAGAACUUCCUGUUCAAGGUGAUGUUGAACGGAAGUGAGUACCAGCCCAGCAAAGCAAGUCCCACCAAGAAGAUUGCCAGGGCCAUGGCGGCCACUGUGGCUCUGCAGGCCAUGGGCGAGUUGUCCAAAGAGGGCAUGGGAAACGGGCCAACCUUCACUUCUGCCAGCAGUUAAGAGCCAGCUCCCCACACACACACACGGGGUGCAGCAGGGACACCAACCCCCACACAUGCAUCGCUCCUGCUCCUAACAAAAAGGGAGAGCCAGGGGAUUAUGACUUUCAGUUAUUCCUUUUUUUCCAAGUUGAAGCAUUGUUGUAAUUAUCAUGCUUUGUAAUGCUCACAUCUGCAAGAAAGAAUAAGAUUGUUUUUUCGUAGAUCCCAGGUGCAUACAGUGUUUUAAAAUUACAGUUUUUGUUUCAGUUGUCCGCUUGAGAGGAAAAGCCACUUGACCGUGUGUUGUGGCUUCGAUCAGGCAUCGUCAGUAGAGGUAGGAGAGAAAGAAAUGCACAGAAAUCAGGGUCAAAUGAUGAUUUCAGACCUUUUUAUGCCCUAGAUUUGUGUCGUUAUACCGCCACCUUGAGUACACACAGUGCAGUCAGAUCUGUGCAUAUUGUGUUGGGAACCUUUGUACUCUGAAUUCUCAGCACUUUGCUUUUUCCUCUGCUAAGCUGCAGUGACUUUAACUCUGGCUGCUGCAUGACCUAGACUAGCCUGUCUCUGAUGUACUGUGCCAGCAACUUAUUUCAGCCUGAAUAUUUUACCUUUGUGUGGCUGUUUCACCAUCUUCAUGUGUAGAGGAUUUUUACUACCUGUGUUUUGAAUAAUCCUCUAAUUUCUAGUUGUUUUGUAAAUAAAAUAUGUUGGUGUUUGUAAUGUCCCCUAGUUCACACAGUGGUUUUAAAUAAGGAGUGAAAACAAAGGAAUUCCCUUUACCAGCAAGUGAUGGUUCUGUGUAAGGGCUUGGGAUGACUAGGGAUCAGUCUGUAUAUUUUGUUAUCUUUGCAAGUGACAAAAAAAUUAAUAAAAUCUUGGUAGGUCUUUGAAGGCUGCCUUUGGAAACUGCA